ACUUCUUCAUAACUUUAUAUUAAAUGGGAGAAAAGAAAGGGAGAAAGCAACUUGCAGGCUUUGCCAUUAUCUCUUACCUUGUCCUUCUUCCUACUACUAUACUAUUUUUUCUCUCUCUAAUCAAUCAUACACUUGCCUCUCAAAACCUCCAUUUCUCAAACCAAGCUUGCACCAAAACAACACAAACACAUAGCCAUGGACACUGAUGCUAAUGCCUCUUCCCAACCCGAGUCAGAAGCAUUUUCAGAGCUCAAAUCAUCGGAGACUCAAACAUCAAAGAAAAGGAAACUGGUUGAGAAAACAGUGGUGGCAGUGAGGAUAGGAGAGAAUGUUGGGAAGCUGAAGAAUGAAGGACUACCUUCAGAUUUUUGGUCUUGGAGGAAAUAUGGACAAAAACCAAUCAAAGGGUCUCCAUAUCCAAGGGGCUAUUACAAGUGCAGCACAUCCAAAGGUUGUUCGGCCAAAAAGCAGGUAGAGAGAUGCAGAACAGAUGCUUCAAUGCUCAUCAUCACAUACACCUCUACACAUAACCAUCCAUGCCCCACCACCACAAAUUCACCCCAACAACCAAAAGAAUACGAAUCCGAAACGACCCAAGAACUCUCAAAGGAGGAAGAUCAAGAACAUACAGAAGAAGAGCAAAGGGAUGAUAAGCCGAUCGAUGAAGGUAGAAAUGAAGAAAAGUUUCUUUACCUGCAAUCUCCAAUACGAUGCUCCCAAGACAUAAUAAUAGAACAAGAAGACCCUUUCAAGCUGAACACGGAGAAAAACCAUGAAAGAAUAGAUCUCCUCUUGGAGGAGGAAGAGCCCCUUUGUUACGCACAAGCGAAGAACAUGUCUGGUUCGAAAAGUGAAGAACUUGAUUUUUUCGACGAGCUUGAGGAGUUGCCCAUGUCUUCAUCUUUCUUGCACUUCACGAGGAGCAUUUUUUCCGAUGAAAGGAUUCCCGUUGCCCCUUCUUGAUUCCAGUGUUGUUUGGUGUAUCUAUUGCUUUAACCAAUGUUACAUAUCCAUUUUUCAAUUCAGAAUUCUUCUUAUCUUCUCUAUCCUUUAUUCACACCAGAUACCGAAGCUCUUCAAAAUUCAUCAUUUUGGUUAGUUAAGGUCAUGUAGUUAAACAAUGAUGGUUU